AUGGACUUCCGAACCCCCGACCUGCUGGACGUGUGGCUGGAGCCCCCAGAAGAGGUCUCAACAGGAGCCUUCCUGGAGCUGGGACUCCACUGCCCCCCUCGAGAGGUCCCAGGGACUAAGCUCCAAGAACAGGGUCUUCCAGGCUGGGAGCGCAGCGGGAGCCGUGGCUGUGACCUUCAAGAGAGUGAGCCUGAAGAUUUCCUGAAGCUUUUCAUUGAUCCCAAUGAAGUGUACUGCUCAGAAGCAUCUCCUGGUAGUGACAGUGGAAUCUCCGAGGACCCUGGCCAUCCAGACAGUCCUCCUGCCCCCAAAGCACCCAAUUCCCCUGCUCUCUAUGAGGUUGUCUAUGAGGCAGGGGCCCUUGAGAGGAUGCAAGGGGAAGCUGGGCCAGCUGUAGGGCUCCUCUCUCUCCAGCUAGAUCAGCGAAGCCCACCACUUAUGGUGCCUGAUGCUUGCACGGUCCUCGAGCUGCCCCUUGAUGCUCACCCUCACACCCUGCCCAGAGCGGGCACUGCAAACCCAGUGCCUCCUGUGACCCUGCUGCCCUGUCAAACCUUGUUCCUGACAGAGGAGGAGAAGCGUCUGCUGGGACAGGAAGGGGUUUCCCUGCCCACUCACCUGCCUCUCACCAAGGCAGAGGAGAGGAUCCUCAAGAAGGUCAGGAGGAAGAUCCGCAACAAGCAGUCAGCUCAGGACAGUCGGCGACGGAAGAAAGAGUACAUCGACGGGCUAGAGAGCAGGGCGGCUGCCUGUUCUGCACAGAACCAGGAACUACAGAAAAAAGUCCAGGAGCUGGAGAGGCACAACAUCUCCCUGGUAACUCAGCUCCGCCAGCUGCAGGUGCUCAUUGCCCAAACCUCCAACAAAGCUGCCCAGACCGGCACUUGUGCUCUGAUCCUUCUUUUUUCUCUGGCUCUCAUCGUCCUGCCCAGUGUCAGCCCCUUGCAGGGUCUCCGGGAAGCUGGGACUGAGGAUCACCAGCCUCAUGGAGUGAUUUCCAGAAAUAUCCUGACUCACAAGGACAUGACAGAAAAUUUGGAGACCACAGUGGUAGAGUCCAGAUUGGAGGGGCCACCUAGGGCCAAGGGUGUAAAUGGCUCAAGGACCCUGCUGGAGAAGAUGGGAGGGAAGACAGGCCCCAGUGGGCAUGUCAGAACUGGCCUGCAUGCAGAUGAGAUGUGAGCUGGAACAUUUCCCAGCCCACUUCCCAGCUGCAAUAAGGAAUCCAGGAUUCCCCUGGGAUUCCCAUUCAGAGUUCUUUGGCCUCAGGGGUCUGAAUCAUUUCAAGACCCCCUAAGCGUCUGUACCCCAAGGCCCAGGCUAUGCGAGGAGGCAUUUCAGAUACUUUUGUUACACAUCUGCAAUUUUAUUUUUUCUUUGGGGUUAGGGUUGGGGAAAACAGAGGUUUUGGCUGAGAAAUAAACUUUUUUGCUAAAAUUA